GAUCCGCUCGGAUCAUUUCACACCAGUCUAAAGGAGAACCGAACCCGAGACCCUGAGCACUGACACGCGUGAGGAGCUCCGCGGCAAACCCCUUCUGAUCUGAUCUCUGGAGCUUCCGAUGAAUUGUAACGUGAAUGCAGGCAUGUCUUUAAUGAAGGCGCUGUUUAUGGUUGUUAUUUUUUGAAAUACAGCUCUUGAAACCUGUAAGAUCACGCGUGUCUGAAGAAAUUAUUUUCUUGAGAAAAACAUUUACAACGAUGCUCGCGGAUUUGUAUGUCACGCAUAUUUUAGGAUAUUUAAAUACACGCACGAUUGUGAAGUUAUCGGUGAGUGAGGCGUUAAUAAAGGUGAAGGUUUGAGAAUAAAUUUGUGCGGAAUACAAAUCAGUUCAUGCAUAGCCUUCCAUUGUAAAAGGAUUCCCGUGAUUAUUUACAUAAUCUGUGAAACUGGUUUUUAAUGCGUUUUUACAUUGCGUUUGUUUCGUGGGAUUGGAACACAGCGCUAUGUUAGGUUUGUGUUGAACAUUUAACCCUGAGACUGUUCCUCUGUAAGCAUCAUGAUGGCAAAACAUUGUCCUAAUGAUGACCUGAGUAAGAUCUCUGAUGAAGAACUGGUCAGAUGGAGCAAAGAGGACUUGAUCAAGAGACUGAGAAGGUCUGACAGUGAGAAAAUGAGCCUAAUGCUAGAACAUGGGAACAUGAUGAAGGACGUCAACCGCAGACUGCAGGUGCACCUCCAUGAGAUCCGUAAUCUUAAGGAGAUCAAUCAGAAACUGCAAGACGAUAAUCAAGAGCUCAGGGAACUCUGCUGCUUUCUCGAUGAUGAUCGGCAGAAAGGUAAGAAGCUGUCUCGGGAAUGGCAGAGGUUUGGGAGGUAUACGGCCAGCUCCAUGUGGAAGGAGGUCAGCACCUAUCAGCAGAAACUCAAGGAGCUGGAAGUCAACCAGGAAAACGUUCUCCGGGAGAACUCCGAACUAAAGGAGAUCAUUCUCAUGUUGGAUGAAGAUAGGAAUGGCGCGGGAUCUAGGAGCUCUAUAGACAGCCAGUCCAGUCUGAGCAACCUGAAUGGAGGUUCUGGGAUUGUCAGAGAUGUUGGAGAUGGGAGCAGUACCUCCAGCGGUGGAAGUGCUGGCAGCCCAGACCAUCAUCAUAAUCAUAUACACAAGACUGUAGAAACCAAGAUUGGCACCAUACGACGAUCAAUGGAUGAUCUCUCUGCUCCACAUCAUCACAGGAGCAUUCCCAAUGGACUCAAUGAUGCAUCCUCAAACUACAUUCGCCAGCUAGAAACCAAGGUCCGGAUUUUAGAGGAGAGUAACAACAAACUGCUCUCACAACCCUGUAGCCGUUAUAGCUUAUCAAAGCUGUCCAUGAAGUGUAAUCCGGGAGACCUGCGAGCCCUGCGGAAGGGCAUGACCCUCUACCACUCAGAAUCACAGCUGUCUUCCCUCCCCCAGAGGCAGGAGGCCCUACUGAAUGGGACUGGAAGGCUACAGACCAGUGAGUCUUCUCCUUCCACCGGGUUUGUCUCAUCUGUACAGAAACCUGAAGCUGUGGUUCAUGCCAUGAAGGUUCUGGAGGUCCAUGAUAAUCUGGACAAGCAGCUUCCAGAAGAAAGUGAAGAAGACCUGAGUGAGAAAGAGAAAGCCAUAGUGCGAGAGAUGUGCAACGUGGUGUGGCGAAAGCUCGGUGACGCGGCAGGAUCAAAGCCUUCCAUCCGACAGCAGCUCUCUGGGAAUCAGUUCAAAGGUCCUCUAUAGCAGGUCCUCUCCUUCUGGUCAGCCACCAUGACAGUCCAGCAGGACCAAACUGAGAAACUGCUCGCAGCAUCAACAGCAUCCAUGUCAAAUCAUUUGGAGUCCAACUAUUGCCAUUAACAUUGGACCGCUACACUCCAAUUUUCAGUGAACAUGUAAAGCAAUAAUCCGCAUUGAAAUGACAUUGUUUGACUAUUAAUUCUAUUUUUUUUUUUUUCUUUAAUGGAUCUCGUCUGAAUUUACCAAUUCUGAACUACUCGGCUGACAAUUACCCAACAGUCAAUUUGACCGAAUGUAGAUUCAGAGAAGAAACAUUAAAAGGACGGUGUCGUUUGGGACUGGACCCAUGAAGUGUUUACGACUGGCAGCUAGUCAUGUUCAGUCAGCUUGCCUUUUUAUUUUUGAACUCAUAUUAUUGUUUUUACAUAACAGUGAUGUCAGAAAACUCAUUAUUGUUUCCUUACACCCUUUUAGACAAAGUUGGGUCCAUCAAACUGUGGUUUACUCCUUUCAGGGUGAUAGCAGAUAAUGCUCACUUACUCACUCCACUGUGUUCUGGUACCCUUCCUGUGCACGUAAUGUACAGAAAUGACUCUGAAAGACAAUGUAAGAUAUGUACAAAAGCUUUAAGUCACUUUAUUAUGUUGUCUUUUUAAGUGUUUUUACUUUUUCUAGUAGCUGUUUUUAAUAAGUACCAACUUAACAGCGUAUGGGGUUUCUUAACAGCCAACAGUUUUUGAGCAAUGCAAUUCAGACACAAAAGCAGCACAAAACAUACUGAAUUUGAUUUUUCCCUGUUCCUGUAUGAAGAAAAAAAAACGGCGGUCACAACUAAAAUUCAUAGUUUUUUUGUUUUAUAUUUAAAGACGUCAAAUUUUAAAACGGUGUGCUGUGCAUGCUAGACAAUCACGUAUCUCAGGUCUAGGGAAAUGGCACGUAUACAUCACAACAUGUCUGAAACAGUAGUUUUGUCCUUUUCCAGCCUUUUUAAGUGCUUAAUUGACCCGUUAAUAGUCAAGACUGAUGCAUUGGUAGAAAUGAUUGUGCUAACCUAAUGUUUUAAAGGUCUAUGCUAUCUGUUUCAACCCUAGGAGUUUACCUACAAAUCUAAAACUCCUGAAGGCCCUUUCUCAUGAUUCAAAAACAAACUUGCAAUACUCCACUUUGACCAAAUGCAUGACAGAUGAUGGCAAUGGGGUCAAAGUUUAAAUUAAAGCAGCUUUGUGUCUCAAAAAGUGGACAAGUCCAUCAAUAUGUCCUGCCCCAAGUUAAUAUUUCAGUCCGUGAAGGAAAACUGCGCCCAUCAAGCAGUUUCACGGGCAUUUAAGUAGUUGUUGCUGUCACUGUUAGUUAUUAUCAUUGUCAUUUGUUUUGGAUGAAAAAUUAUCACAAACCCUCAUGGAAUCCAUUAGAAGCUAUGCAUAUUUCCCACCCCUUGCUUGUUCAUUUAUUAUAUAUUUUGGCUAAUUUGAUAAUGCUUUGUUAUCAAAAAGCACUUUCAGCACCAUUUAACACAUUUUAUGUUUAAAUUCCACACGUUUUCCCUCAAAAGUCUGCAGGGCCUGCUAUUCAGCAGUGAAAUAUUGUUAAACAUUAAUCUCAAACAGUGAUCAAGGUCUGCUUAUAGUGAUUUUCAGCUCAUUUAAAUGCAUGUCAGCAAUAGUUUAAUGUAUGUGAGUCUCUUUUUCCUGAUGUUCUUUUCAAUGUCAAAUAAACCGCCGAGUUCAAAAACAGGCAUGCUUAUAAAUGAAAUACUACGGCUGUGUUCAGAAUGCAAAACUAGCAUAUUGUGCAAUAUAUGCUAAAUACUAUAUUAAAAAAAGAAAUGGUAUAUAAAACAGUACACAUUGUACCACUUAAAAAGUCAAGAAAUAUUUAAUAUUCAAAUAAAUUGCAACUAAUUAGGUUCGAUCUUCAUACUGGCAAUGGAAGGUUGAGCACACUGCAUUGUGCAAUUUGUUGUAUGCUGCAUUUUGAUAAGAGUAGUAUGUUAGUAUGCUAUUCCGAACAUAGCCAACAGAUGUAAUUGUAAAUGGGUAAAAGCUAAAGAAAGAGUUUUAUCAUGAAUUAACCAGAGGUGUGCAUUUGAUUGGCUGGCAAUGAGUUUUGACCCACCUGUUACAAACAUGAGAAGUUGCCAUUGUUGUUAAUGAAAGGAGUUGCAAGCAGAUCCUAUACAGAUAAAGUGCUGUUUCUCUUUGGAAGCGGUCUGAACACAAAGCCAUGCUUUGGGGUUUUUUUUGGGAUGAUUUUAUUUGGCAUGUGCUGCCUCUUUUGUGCAUGGGGUUUUAUUUGGAUCCUAUGCACCUUCUCCCUGUGUUGUUUUCUUGUGUAAAACCUCUGAGGUUUAUCCUGUCUUCAGUGUUAAUAGCUGCGAGCAUGACUGCAGGAGACAUUUUACAGUAAAGAUGUAAAGACAAAAGGUGUACAAAGUGAACCAGACGAUUUUGUCAAUAAACAAACUAUUGCUUUA